AUGUACAACUGUUUGGGUACUCCCGGUUCGUCGCCGGGCACCCAAGGCUCGACCACCCCGCCGGCUUUGCCCGACUGGCCAAUUGGUGGAGGCUCCGGCUCCGGCUCCGGCAGGAUCAACCUCAGUCUCGGCGUCAAUGCCGAGGAGGAAGAGGAGGCAGCGGCUGCAGAGGUUGGUGGAGACGGCAGCCGGCAUGCAUACAGCCAAGCCGAGACGUUGGCUCUGUACGACGCUUGGAUCAGCGUCUCGUACGAUCCUGUCGUCGGGAAUCAACAAACCCACAAGUGUUUUUGGCUAAAAGUCACCGAAGUUUACAACGCACGAAGGCCGACGAAUACCGUUCCCCGCAACGUGAAGAUGCUCCGCAGUCAUUGGGAGCGAAGCGACAAAGAUGUCAAAAAAUUUUGCGCGAUAUACAGGGGAGAAGAGGCGAAUUAUCAGAGCGGAGCCAGUGGAGCCGACAUUCUGAGAGCGGCGUUGCGGGUCUUCAAAGACGACGUCGGCAAAGAUUUCAAGCUUGUCGAUGUUUGGUCGCAAGUCCACCACCUUGAAAGACGUGUCACUUUCCUGCUACUCACCGUCUCGCCACGUCUCCCUCUCUUCCUCUCCUACAAUCUCACCACCACCAGCCGCUCUGCCUUUUGUCUUCUCAACAUUCAUCAGUUCUGUUGCCCCAGAAUUCUCUAUUUGCUCUCAAUUUCAGUGGGAUUGGCACUAAGGCCUCUAUUACUAGCAAAACUGUCUUGCCAAGUCGGGGCGCGAGGCCUCUGCAUCGUUGUGUUGACGUGGUUGGAGGUGUUGAGAUAUGCUCUCUGCCUGCAUUUUGUUAUCCUAUGGAGGCUUGCAAUCUGGGGUAUGGCGGUUCUGUCCCUUCCCGUACGAGCAUUCAGUGCGUUGUAUAGGGAGAGAAUGCUAGAGAUGCAACUCCAUCGACUGAGAAAUGAAAUGGAAGAUGUUCUUUUGGAUUCUAAGGAGCUAGAAGAGCAACUCCACGAGGCCAUAGAAGAACGUUCAACAAUGGAGAUGUUGGUUAUAGAACUCGAGAAAGAGCACGGCGAAGCCAUCCUUAAGAUUAAGUUACUAGAAGGGGAGGUCCAGAAUCUGAAGGAUGAAGCACAACAAUUGAAGGAGAUUCAAGGGAAAAUUCUCUCGAGCUACGUGGGUCAAGACGGCCGCCAUCUCACAGUCACUCAUAACAUCGGUAAAUCACCUUACAGACUUGAUUAUGAUAGAGAAGAAGUGAUUGAAGAUGUUUCCAAGGAUGAGAUGAGGAUGUUUGCGAGGAUAAUCUCAAAGGAGUACGGUGUUCUAGCACGAGAGAGGAAGGUGGCGCUAUCUAGAAGCCUAUUUAGCGUAUUGCUAUCCCUCAUGGUUGGUUUAAUCGUCUGGAAAGCCAAAGCUCCGUGCACGCCUCUAGUAAUUGCUCUUUUUGUAGUUGUCACCAUGUCGUUGCGUAGCGUUCUCCAGUUAUUUGCGCGGGUUGAGCAUAAACCCGCAUCCGAGUCCCUCGUCCUCUUGAGCAUCAAUUGGUUUAUACUUGGAACUUUAGCUUAUCCCAUGUUUCCAGCGGUGGCUCGUUUCUUGGCUCCGGUGGCUGAGUUUUCUACAACGAGCUCUUGAGUAGCGGCCGCGGGUAAUAGUCUUCGGUUUUGGAAGUUACGCACAGUGUCAGUCUCCGAUGUUUUCGGUUUUCUUGUCUUGUUUGUAGCAUGGUUUGAGGUUUGUACUAAUAUGGUUUGCUAUAUAGAGGUGAUUUAAAUUGUUGUA